GAGACAGAGAACAGAGACAUUCGAAGAUGGAGCAAAGAGUGGAAGCAGCAGAGUAUCAUUCCAAGGAUUUCGAAUGGGAAUAUGUCAAAAACUUGGUAGAGAAUGAUCCUUCUCUCUCCCACCAUCUCCACCAUCAAGAUCAACGUCGAGAUUCCUCCUCUUCUGCUUCACCAGAUUCUCAGCCAUGGCAAGAUUUCCACUCCCGUCACUUCUCCGGAAAAUUCUUCAAGGAAAGAAGGUAUUUGUUGAAAGAAUUUCCAGAAUUAGUGUCCUGUGGCGACAACUCUAAACUCUUGGAAGUCGGUUGUGGUAAUGGAAGUACAGUGCUUCCGAUUUUACGUGGGAGCAAGAACAUUACUGUAUACGCUUGUGAUUGUAGCAGUGAGGCUCUUGUUAGGACGAAAGAGAACAUUGAUCGCGCUAUUGCUACAAUUGAUAACUUCCGUUCUUUCUGUUGUGACUUUUCGACGUCUGAAUUCCCAAAUUGGGUGGCAUGUGAUCGUUGUCGAGACAGCUUUAUGCUUAAGCAACAUUGCUACCAUUCAGGAGACAGUGAAAGGAAUUAUAAAUGUUCAUUGAAUGAACAUUGCAUCGGCGGGGUGGAUUUUGUCACUCUGAUUUUCACGUUGUCCGCAGUGCCUAAAGAAAGGAUGCCGAGAGCUAUCAAGGAAUGCUUUGCUGUGCUGAAACCUGGUGGUCUACUCUUGUUCAGAGAUUAUGGAUUAUACGACAUGACUAUGCUGCGGUUCGAGCCAGAGAAACGUAUCGGUUUUAGGGAAUACGUGCGGUCUGAUGGCACCCUUUCGUAUUUCUUUUGUCUCGACACUGUCCGGAGACUGUUUACCAAUGCUGGAUUCAUUGAGGUUGAGCUUGAAAAUUGUUGUGUAAAAGCAGUAAACCGGAGAAAGGGUAAAAACAUGUACCGAGUUUGGGUUCAUGGGAAGUUCCAAAAGCCAUUUCUAAACCAAGAUUGAAAGGCAGGUGUUGUUGGUCCAGUAUAGAAUGACUGGUCAAUUUUUAACGAAUGCUACACUAAAGAAUCUAGGAGUAUGUAAAAUUAAGAAAUUCCAAUACAGAAUUUUGAUU